UCAUCAGCUUGGAUCAGGUGUACCUGCUUGUCCUAACGACACACACACACAAAGGCACAUAAGCGCGGCUGGACGACAACAGGAAGUGACACAUAGACGAUUGUCACACAUAGACAACAAGAAAGUGACAUAUAGUCACACACAGACAACAAGAAAGUGAAGAUACAUCUUAGGGUUUCUGACACAGGUGUGGACGACCAAGAUGGUGGACAGCGAGGUCAGGCUGGAGGCCCUCUCGGCGCUGUGCCACGUCCCCGUCACCUCCUGCCAGUCUCCGGCCUGCGGGGACCUCCCCCUCCUGUCCAUAAGGGGGUUCAUCUCUGCCACUCUGGGCCGUAACGCGGGACAAGGGGGACUUCUGAUCGACGAGGACGAGUUCUUCGACUGUCGCUACGACUUCGACUUCACUCACCUCACUGACAAGGAGACUUUCUACCGAGGAGGGGAAUUGUACCAGCGACCUUGUGGAUGGCUGCGCAUCGCUCUCAGGGUUGGCGACAAAUACCCAGAUGGCAACGCCUGGCUGGGCGAGCGAGGUUACUCCACCACCACCUGCUCCGUGGCGGGGGAGUGGCCCGUGUCCUACCACGGCACGUCCAAGAAGGGCGCUCAGGGCAUCAUCAUGUGUGCUUACCAGGCGGGGCCGGGUCAGAGGUACGGCAGAGGGAUCUACUCCACGCCCUACGUGGACAACGCCGUGGACUACAGCACAACCUUCGCGUCCAAGAAGACCGGCAAGGAGUACCAAGUGGUUCUGCAGAACCGGGUCAACCCGGCAUACCGGCAGAAGCACAACAAGGGAAAGUACUGGCUGAUACCGGUUCCCAAAGGCCUGACCCCGGCAGAGGAGCAGCAGCUGGUAGACAAGGCCAUCCGUCCUUACGCUGUACUCAUCAAGCAGAUAUAACAUUUGUGUACUAUAAUAUCUGUACUGUGAAAAUAUACUACUUCAAACGCU